CAAAGAAAAAAAAUCAGAAGAGGAAGUUUACUUUCGCUUCUUUUCGACCUUCAGCAGCUUGAUCUCUGGUUUUCCCUCAGAAUAUCAUGGUUCAGCCAUGCCUUUUUCCAUGUGCUCUAUUCUUCUUCUUGUUUUCCUCCUGCUGUGUUGUUGCUCUAUCUUCUUCCAGGCAUCAACUUUUUUCACACUUCACCAGAGUUCAGUUUAUAUCUGAACCUUCACCUCCUCCCAUCUCUUUAGUUCAAAGCCUGGCAAUGCCAUCGGUUCCACCAUCAUCAUCAGCAUCCUCAAAAGGGAAAGUUAUGAAGGCUAUUGUUGCCUCAGCUGCAACUACUCUAGUUAUUGCUUUGAUUGUAUUCUUCUUCUUCUUUUUCAGAAAGAUUGCAAGAUGCUGCCGGAGAGGUAAGUAUGAGUCAAGCUUUCGUCGAGAAGCUGUGGUGAUUCCAGAUGAGUUCAAGAAGUAUGGUGGAAAAGUGAAAGGAUUGAUCAUUGAUGAAAACGGGACAGAUGUUGUUUAUAUGACAAAACAAGAUGAUCGACGACUAAAGAGUGACUUUCCAAAGGUCAUGUUUAAUCCUAGCUAUGAAGAAAAUGAAGAAGAAAAGGGGAUAAAUACUACAGUAGGGAGAUCAAAAAAAUCAAAAUCUCAGGAGGAUUUUGAGUUCCUCGAUGUGCCAUCUGAUGUGAUUGGUGAUCAAAAGGAAGAAAAGCCUACUUUCCAGACUCCAACUCUGCUGCCUCCAGUUUCAACAACACUGCCACAUGCACUUGAUCAAUAUCCACGAGUACCAGCUCCUGCAAUUAAUUCAAUGAAGCAAACAACACCUCCUCCUCCUCCUCCUCCACCACCACCACCACCUUCAAUAAAGAAAGCUCCUUCUCCUCCACCACCAAGACGACCACCACCAUUACCUCCCCCUUCUCCAUUGCUAACGCCACCAGCACCACCAAACCUGGUCAAAACAAAUUCUGCAGCCCCACCUCCACCACCGAAAACAGGGAUUUCUGUUCCAUUACUAAAACCCCCAACAGCGUCAAGAGGCACAGCAAACAACAGAAACAGAGCAAGCACAUCGCCAGAGAACUGGAAAGGGGCUGGCUUUGGCCAGCUGAAGCUGAGGCCUCUUCACUGGGAUAAGGUUAUAGCUGAUUCUGACCAUUCCAUGGUUUGGGAUCAGAUCAAAGAUGGAUCUCUAAGAUUUGAUGAUGAGCUAAUAGAAAAUUUAUUCGGAUACACUACUGCCAACCGCAAAUCACCAGACAGUAAUAGCAUAUCAUCAACUUCAGGUAGUUCCAGCAACACCCCUGCAGCUCAGAUUUUCAUCCUUGAACCCCGGAAGUCACAAAACACUGCAAUAGUGUUAAAAUCUCUUGCAAUAUCUCGGAAGGAAAUUAUUGGUGCCCUGCACGAAGGCCAGGGACUUAGUGUUGAGACCCUCGAGAAACUAACCAAGAUUGCUCCAACCCGAGAAGAAGCAGCUAAAAUCCUCCAAUUCAACGGCCACCCUAUGAGACUUGCAGAUGCUGAAUCAUUCCUUUAUUAUGUCCUGAAAGCUGUUCCUUCAGCAUUUAUACGUAUCAAUGCAAUGCUUUUCAGAUCAAAUUAUGAUUCAGAAUUUCUGAACCUUAAGGAAUCCCUGCAAACACUUGAGUUGGCAUGUAAGGAGCUAAGAAACCGAGGACUAUUCUUAAAACUCCUGGAGGCCAUCCUGAAAGCCGGUAACAGGAUGAAUGCUGGAACCGCGAGAGGCAAUGCAAUGGGUUUCAACCUUACUGCCCUUCAGAAACUUUCUGAUGUCAAAAGCACUGAUGGAAAGACAACGCUUCUUCACUUUGUUGUGGAACAAGUUGCUCGGUCAGAGGGUAGGCGACAUGUGAUCGACAGGAACCACAGCCAGGGAAGAUCAAACAGUGGCAGAAACAAUGGCGAUGUAAAUUCAGAUAACCUGAUGCCAGAAGAGAAAGACAGAGAACGUUUGAUGCUAGGUUUACCAGCAUUGGGAGCCUUGGGUUCUGAAUUUUCCAAUGUAAAGACAGCAGCUACCAUAGAAUACGAGAGUUUCAUCAAUCUGUGCUCCAACCUGACAAGCCGUGUUGCAGAAAACAAGCAACUGAUAACAUUCUGUGGUGACAGUGAGGAAACUGGUUUUGUAAUGGAAACGAAAGGGUUCUUGGAGGAGUGUGAGGAUGAGCUGAAGGUAGUAAGAGAGGAGCAAAUAAGGGUCAUGGAACUCGUGAAGAGGACAACGGAAUAUUACCAGGCAGGAGCAUCCAAAGAGAGAGGAGCAAAUCCAAUUCAACUCUUUGUUAUUGUUAAAGAUUUUCUUGACAUGGUUGAUCGAGUACGCGCAGACAUUACAAGAAAGCUGCAGCGUACGAAUGGGAUACACAGUGCAGGAUCAUCACCACCACCAUCACCACCUAGGAGGAAUCCUCUUGAAUUAAUAAAUUUCCGAUCACAAUUCAUGUCAUCAGACAUGUCUAGGACAACUUCUAGUGAAUCAGAUGAUGAUUUCUAG